UCUCGCGCUCACAGCUCCGCCCGCCGCUUCGUUUCUCUGCGCGUCUCCACUUCUCUCCGUCUACCUGUCUCUCUACCUGCCUCCUCCAUCCUUCCGUCCAUCCAUCCGUCCAUCCACCUCCCCUCCUCCGCCCCCCCUCCUCCCCACUCUCGGUGCGGACAUGCUCCCGGGGCUCCGGAGAUGAGGCUCCGAAAUGUCUCAUUCCUGACGGUCUUGUUGUUCGGGCUGUGCGGGCUGGUCUCCCUGUCCUGGUACACCGCCUUCAGCAGCUCCAGAGGAGAUGUGGUCGACAUCUACCAGAGGGAGUUUCUGGCGCUGAGGGAGCGCCUCCACUCGGCUGAGCAGGAGAACCUGAGGCGGUCCAAAGAACUGAACCUGGUCUUGGAGGAAAUCAAGAGGGCCAUUGCUGAGAAACAGGCGCUUCGAGACAUAAACCGCACCUGGAGCAGCCUUUCCGAGGAGACGAGGCUGAAGCUGUGGAACGUGAGCAGCAGUAAAAACGUGUUGCAGCUUCCCUCCAUCUUCCAUCAUCUUCCUCACCUGCUGAACAGAGAGGACAGCCUGCAGCCCGCCGUGCAUGUGGGACAAGGACGGACUGGAGUUUCCAUAGUUAUGGGGGUUCCCAGUGUGAAGAGGGAGGUCCACUCCUACCUGACUGACACGCUGAGCUCUCUGAUGUCAGAGCUGAGCCCAGUGGAGAAGGACGACUGCGUCAUCGUUGUCCUUAUUGCAGAGGCAGAUCAGCAGUACGCCAGCAGUGUAGCAGACAACCUAAAGCGCCUUUUUCCUGCAGAGAUUCAGUCAGGUCUGUUGGAAGUCGUCUCUCCAUCUGUCCACUUCUACCCGGAUUUCUCCCGACUCCGAGAGUCCUUUGGUGACCCAAAAGAAAGAGUCAGGUGGAGGACGAAGCAGAACCUGGACUACUGCUUCCUGAUGAUGUACGCUCAGUCUAAAGGAACUUAUUAUGUGCAGUUAGAGGACGAUAUCGUUGCUCGUCCAAACUACUUCACCACCAUGAAGAACUUUGCGCUGCAGCAGCCGUCAGAGGAGUGGAUGAUCCUGGAGUUCUCCCAGCUCGGCUUCAUCGGAAAGAUGUUCAAGUCUUUGGACCUGUCGCUCAUCGUGGAGUUCAUGCUCAUGUUCUACAAAGACAAACCCAUCGACUGGCUGCUGGACCACAUCAUGUGGGUCAAAGUGUGCAACCCAGAGAAGGAUGCGAAACACUGCGACAGGCAGAAGGCCAACCUGAGGAUCCGAUUCAAGCCAUCGCUCUUCCAGCAUGUCGGUACUCACUCCUCUCUGGCUGGAAAGAUACAGAAACUUAAGGAUAAGGACUUUGGGAAACAGACUCUGCAUAAAGGUCACGCCAACCCGCUGGCGGAGGUGACGACCAGCCUGAAGACCUACCAACACUUCACCCUGGAGAAGGCCUACCUGGGGGAGGACUUCUUUUGGGCCUUCACACCUGUGGCGGGGGAUUUCAUCCGGAUCCGGUUCUUCACACCUGUCCGUAUUGAGAGGUAUUUCUUUCGAAGCGGAAACAUUGAACAUCCAGGAGACAAACUCUUCAACACAUCGGUGGAGGUUCUGCCUUUUGACAAUAUCCAGGCAGAGAAGGAAGCUUUGACAGAAGGGAAGGAGAAAACACCAAAGUACCAUCGGACCGAAGAUGGAUUCAUCAGAAUAGGAACAUUCCAGAACGGGAUUGCAGAGGGGGAGGUGGACCUCUCCUUUGGGCCCCUGGAGGCCAUGCGUCUCACGGUGAUGACAGACUCACCGGUGUGGGUGAUCCUCAGCGAGAUCUUCAUAAAGAAAGCUGAGUGAUGCUCCUGCGCCCGCUCAGUGAUACCUCAGUCCGGCUGACCGUGGGCACAUCCUCUGCUGUACUGGCUCCAGUCCCGCUCACCAGACCUCACCGUGAUGCCACAGCGCCACCGUGUGGCCAGACCUCACCACUGCAGGGCUGAAAGGAUCAGACUAAACCCACAGAAAACACAGACAGACGUAGGAAAUAUGGUCUCCUGGGUUGUCCCAGCAGGACAGGGUGAAGGAGAGGCAGAAAUCUCCUGAUGAUUCUGUAUUUAUGUGUACAUACAGUAAGCUAAAUGUUAACACACUGGGAAUCGCAGAGGCUGCCUCUGAUGAACUAUCUGCUGCUUCCAGACUCUUCCUGUCUGUAGACUGUCAAAAACCGAUUUUUCUACCAACACCCCCCUGCCAGGCUGUCCCUUGAAUGCCCCGCUGCUUGGGAUCCCCAUGUUUCCCCUCCUUCAGGCGGUGAGUUGCCUUAAAGAAGAAGCAGAGCAGAUCAAGGUUACACAGAAACAUGUAGCAUCCACUCAUACCCAGAAUCCUUUGCUGCAGCUUCAAACUACUGCUGAAGAUAGAACUGAUGUUUUUCUUCUUCAGUGAAAUCUUUUCGGAUCAGUGAGGCCUUGUUGGUGACGAGCGCUCUGUCCUCCUUCACUCCGCUGUGCUCUGUCCUACUCUACUGUGCUGUAGUUUUCCAGUCCGGUGCAACAAAACAGCUUCAUUUUUCUUUGUUUUAUUCACUUCUGUGUUUCCAGCAAAGACAUCGUCAUCUGUCUCUGAAAGGCUCGUGCUGCUUUUCGGCUAAUAGGAAGAAAGUUUCUAAUAAAUUGUUCCCUUUAUUUUAAUUUUUUAAUCUAAUUCUUUUCCCUCAGAUGAAGAGUAGGUGCCUUCAAAUCCUAUCGAUUUUCUAUCUUUUUUUUUUAAGUGUGUAAAACCAAAAACAUUUUCUAAAGCCUGCGAGGAUCUGAUAAAACAGCAGACCUGAUCUGGAUCUGUACAGCCCUAGAGAUGAGUCAGGGUUCUUGCGCAGAUGACUUUGUGCAUUCUUUUUAAACUUUGGGUGGUGGAAAAACUUUGUUUUCACAUUAUGGUGAUUUUUCUCACAUGUUUUGACCAUGUGUGUAAACAGGAGAUGAAUGAAUCCACAGAUCAGGAGGGUGAGCUGCUUUAAAUAAAACAUAAACUCACCUGAAAACAGAUUGUAAAUUUUUAAAGUUCUAUAAAUCUCAACAAUAAGCUGUUGGUUCAUGUAUUUUGGUGUGUGAAGCUCUGCUCUGACUAUUUAUUGUGUUCUCAUUCACACAAAUAACUCAAACGUGUGAACUAGAAGGAAAAGUAAUAUGAAAAAAUUUACUGUUAUUUGUUAGUUUAAACAUUUAUUUAACAAAAAGUCAGCUGAAAUGACUGUCAUCAUCUUCUUCAUUGUUUUUUAGAAAGCACAACCAGAAGUAGAACAUGCAACACUCAGUAGACGUUGGAUAGAGUCUUGUUUCUAUUGUGUUCCAUCCGCUUCCUGUUGAUUGUUUCAGUUUUCCAGAGGAAUGUGUGUCCAUUCCAGUGCUCUACAGUCCGUGGUUGUUGUUGUCUUCAUGAUGCUCCAAACUUCCUGCUGGAAGGCGUUCAGAAUGAGGUUUGACAUCGUCCUGCUGGAAUAACCACGGACCUGCUGGGAAGAGAUGUCACCUUGAUGGGAGCAUAUGUCUCUCCAGAACUCCAACAUCCACGUCUGCAUCAUUGAUGCCGUCACAAUGAUUAAUUCCUCCAUGGACACUGAUGUCCUCCCUACCAUCACAGCUUUCUCUGAGAACUCCCGGGAUGAUCUUUCUCAUCUUUGGAACGUAGAAGCAGAUGUCAGUUUUUCUUAAAAGCAGCUGAAACAUGAACUCAUUCGUCCACAAGUCAUGUGUCCACUGUCUUUCUGUCCAUCUGAGAUGAGCUGGUGUCCAGAGAAGUCGGUGCUGUUUCUGCCCAGAGUUCAUACUUUUCUUCGUCUUUGUAUAAUCCAGUUUCAGAUUCUGGUUUUGGAUCCAGUGGUGGACUGUGUUAAGAGAAGGUGGUUCUCCUGGUCCUCCUGACUCCAUGUGUCUGUAUUGAUCAUGGUGUUAUGAUGGAUUCUGUCCUUGUCCUUUCCACUCUGAGAUUCCAGACUCCCUGAAUCUCUUCCCAACAUUCUGCUCUGUAGAUGCUGAAAGACCGAAGUUCUUUACAAUCUGCCAUUGAGAAAUAUUUGUUGAACUCAUUGAUGAUUCUCUGAUGGAAUUUGUACUCAAGUGAGACAUGACCCAUCCUUACUGGAAAGACUAAACUUUUGGUGGAUGCUUCUUUUAUACCCAAUCCUGACACCCUCACCAAUCACCAGUUAAUCUGCUGGUUGGAGAAUGUUCCAGAACCACGUUACUGACUAUCCUAGAACCUCUUCUGUCUUUUUUUGACUCCAGAACAACUUUUACUGAAUGUGAUGCUGCUUCAGGGUCUGGAUUUGUUCUGCAGGUCCUACAGGUGUAAAUCACAGGUUUGAUCAGGCUGUAGGUUUGAUUUUGACUUUGGUAGAGACGGUAAAAGUGGUCGACAGAGGUUUUGUUGCACUUAUGAUAGAUUUUUUUUGGAAUAUGUUGUUGAGUAGAUAUCUGAACAGAAGUUCAUAGUGCAAAAUAUUCUAUUCAGGGAUUGACAAUAAGUUUGUUUUUUCUUUGUCUUUAUUGAAUACAGGAUUUCUUUACUUACUUAAUGAAUUCUGUCAUUUUCGGAGUUAAAGCCUUCUGUUUGCAUACUAUUUGUUUCACAAUAAAAUUGUCCAGACAAGAAAGCAAUCAUUAAAAUAACAAAUGUAUUUUAAAUACACAAUAUUUAAAUUCAUUAACUUAUUGAAGGAAAAUGUGACCAUUAACAGACAGAAUUUCCACCACAGUGAUAAACCAUUGCCACAAAAUACAGCAUCAUCUUAAUCGCUGUAAUAAUUUUUAAAAAGAACAUUUCUGUGAUCACUUUGACUCUUGCAUAAAAUUAUGACAUUGGAGGAAAUGUUAAUGUUUACAUAAUUUAUUUGUCACACAUUUUAUGUUGAAAUUAUCAUUAUCCAUUUCUGCAGGGAUCUGUGCCUAACCCUAACAAAAAUGCCUUUUUAGUCUGUACAAUGUUAUGUGAAGGUCAGGUGGACACUUCAGUAUGCCAUAAUGGCUAAGGAGGAUAUUGAUUAAAUUUCAGUGACUCUUGUUGCCCAAGUCUCAGCUCUUGAGCACUGAAGCUCACCCUCCUCUUCACGCUGUCUCCUUUCAUCUGUCUGAACUGCCUGGCAGCUCUGACAAAUAACACAUUGAUAUAUGCCAAGGAAACAUGUUUUUUGUUUGUUUUGUUUUUGUUUCACUUAGUGACUAUUAUUAUCCUCCGUAUUAAUGACUCAGUUGCAGAUGGAAAAUAAUUUCUUUGUGACUUCAAUUUUUACGUUGACUCUCUCUAGAAAAACUCCACCUUUGUCCACUGUUUUUGUUUUCUCCUGUAGUUGUGACUGAAGACACAACCAUCCAUGUCAGUGCUCUCUGACAUUAGCCAGAAACACUAGCUUUGUCAAAAAAAAUUAGGAUAGCCAGUCAAAUUAGCAAAGAAAUGAAGCGCAGAAAAGAGCGGAGCCAAUCAUAUGUGCUGAAAUGGGUAUAAGGAAGGACUUACAGCACCGACGAUGCAGGGAGCAAGCACGGAUCAGCUGUUUGUGUGACGGAAAUGAUAGGACAACUCAAAAGUUGCUGGAUAUUGGUAAUGACAUGGCUCUACCAUCCCUAUCCAAUUCUACACUCAUGGGAUAUGAUAUCUUAUCAGUUCAGUGGAUUAUAUCAUAAAUUCUGCCCCGAUACAAUUUUGAUUCAGUUAAAUUUAGGAACCAGCAAUCAAUAAAAUGUAAUUCAGUCAAAUCAUCAAAAAUUAUUGAUAUUUUAACAUCUGACCGGAAUUUUCAAUUUGGAUUUAUGAACGUUAAAUAGGUGUAUGGAUGAAACUCAGCCCUCUAAACACCAUGAAGCUGGUCAGUGAAGACACCGAGUCUUUUCUUUGAAUGUGUGUCUUUUAAAUGAAGGUUCAGUCAAAUAAGCAAAGUACAGACUAAAGUUUUUAUUCAUUUUAGAAAACUUACUGACCUUGUUGGAAUUGAGGUGUGGACAUAACAUUCACAUUAACUCACAACAUAAAGCACCAGUUAUUUAUUUAGUCUCCUUUAAAAUAUUCUUUAUUCUCCUGAUGAAUGAGCCUCUCUGUUCAGAUGCAUCAGUUUUAUGUUCGUAAGGCUUUACUCAUCCAGAUGUAAUGCAAACAAGAUCAGAGCUUGAGUCUUUGGAGUUUAGGAUACAAUUGAGGUUAUUCAUAUAUUUUUUAAUCAAGCUCUGUCCAAAGCUCACAAUAAGAACAUUAAAGCUGAGGUUUCUUAAAAAGCAGCAUCCUGAGAGCUGAGACAACAAAGGUAAGAAAGUUCUGUUGCAAGACCCCUCAGUGCUGCUCUGUGCAGAGCACCAUUUAAAUGGAUUUACUAUUAGAAGUAAUGAUUCUGUUAUUAUCACAUGACUAUAAAUGUGCAUUUGAUAAAACCAUGAACUUCUUUUUCUAAGCAACCAACUUGAGGUGCUGUAGAGUAGCAUGUAGCCACAUUCUGAAUUAAUGAAUCUGUGAUUAAAUCUGUGUGUAAAUAAGUGUAAUCAGUGUAAAGAUCCAAUCUGCAUCAAUUCCUUUCUCAAGUCAGUCAUAAAUAUAGAAAACUGAUGGAUUCCUGAAAUGAAAUCGAGGGGUAUGCCUUCAUCUUCCUCCAAAAGGUCUGAUGUGCAGCCCUUCACAUUAACAUUCUCUGAUCGGCAAAGUCAUUUCUAAUCAAUGCAACAGCCUUUAGACCGAAACAAGCAUCUACGAGCUUGUUCAACAAAUGUUCAUGGUUCACUGUAAAACAUAACUUAAGAAAAUCCACAAUUAAGGAAACACAAUGCUGCUUUAUGUCUAACAUGAUAAACAGGUCAUUUGUGACAGAACUGUGACCAGAUCUGAAACCAGAUCACAGAGGACGUCCUAAAUAACAGGAGCUGCUCCUAGAGCUGUUCAGCACUCAGUUGAAUCAGAAACAUUUUUAUUAAAAUUAUUUACCUGUUUCGCCUGCGUCUACCGAGUAAACUGAGAAUAAAGUGUAAAAGAAAACUCCACAAACAACACAAACCUUUUCAGCUCUUUGUUUUAAGUAGAUCUGAAGUUGUGUGAGCGUUUAUAUAUAGUUAGAGCUACUUUCUUCAGCUUUGUCUCACAGUUAGGCUGAAAACAUACAUGCAUAUUAAAAGGUAACCAGUUUUGUUGCAGUAUAAUUGCUCAUAUUCCUAGUGUACUUCACUUAUUACUGGAUAUUUCACACUUUUAAAAACUCAGACACUGUAGAAUUACUGAUUUUUUUAAAUGAAACAAUAAACAUGGUUGGUUAAUUUUGAGAUCAAAGCAGAAAAUAGAGGCGGGAUCCUAUGGCAGUGGUUCUCAAACUGGGGGUCGGGACCCCCAUGGGGGUUGCGAGAUUAUUUCGGGGGGUUGCCAGAUAAUUGUAAAAAUAUAUAUAGCCUACAUUUAUAAAAUAAACUGUUUUUUUUACCAGGGCUGUCAAAAUGAAACCAUUAAUGAAGAGAAAAAUCUUUUAAAUUUGUGCCUUAAUUUUUUAACACGUUAACACAUAAACAACAAGGUUAGUACUCAUGUCAUAUUAAAAAUCUGAAUUUGACAUUAUUUCCACAAGAGAUGCCGAUUUGGGGCAUGCCUUGUCACAGCAGUGAACCACUUUGAUAAAACUCUGCUUUAUCCUCCUUAUUUUUGAAGAUUAUGACAGGUUGACAUUUAGAGGAUGCUGCAAGAUCAGACGUUUAAUCACUAAGUUGUUCGGAGGAGGGUGGCGCGAACAACAGUGUAUUUUAGCUCUAAAAGUUUGAGAACCACUGUCCUAUGGUACAGGAAAGCCCUGAACAAAGCGUGCUGUACCUUGUGUUCCAUUUUACCGCUGUUGACCUUGUGACCUUACAUCCAGGUAAACUGGUCCCUACACUGCCCCUACUGGUUACUUACAUAUUGCAGCUUGCGCUUCGCCAAUUAAUCUGCUCUCAGUGAUCCAUGUGUGCAAUUAUUUCAUCAAUGGGAACACAUUAAAAAUGGGAACAAUUUAUUCAAACUUUUCUCCUGUCAGACCCAGCUCGGUCUUUUGGGGCAGUCUCAUUCACAGGAGUUUGAACUGAAAACGAACUUCAGGUUUUCAAAUGUGAAGUAAGCUGAGAGUCCAUGAGGCUUUGCGGUGAUUAGUGAUACUCAGCUACAUACACAACAUUAACUUUUAUUUUAUUUUAUUUCUUUUUGGAAGAUGCACUGGAAUGCAUUGCUGUAUUCUUGUUUCAGUCUUUUGUAUCCUUUAGAUAAAGUAUUUAAAUGAGCUUAAACUUCUAUUCAAUCUGUGGAUUGUAAUAAAGACAGAAAUUCAAAGUA